AUAUGGAAGCAACAGCAUCUACAGCACAGCAUGCCUUUGGAGCAGGGCCUCGUGGGCCCAACCCAGCCCAUGGACCUCAGCAAGCCCAGGGCCCCCGACACCUAGGUCAUCCUGGACCUUACGGAGUUCCACGUCUUGAGGACCAGCCCCCACACCAGCAAGUGAAUGUAGCGGAUGUUUGUUGGAAUUUCCUCAUGGCCUAAUUGUUAAGUUUCUCCUGUGGGAGACCUGGGGUGUACUCAUUAGUCUGGUUCCGUUGCAGAAUGUUUUGUUGCAAACUCCAAUUGUAAAACAUUUGAUAACGAAAACAAGAAUUUCUAUUGGACAAAAUCAGGGGUGUAUUCAUUACGUCUUGCAAUGGAAAUAGUUUACUGUUUUAAGAACCAAACAUAAACAAAACAGCGGGACCUACCUGAAUUUGCCCAACAAACUCUUGUUUUCGUUUUGCAAUAGAUUAAAUGUUUUGCAACAAUCUGUGUAAUGAAUACACCCCCGGUAGGUCCCUCCCCGCUUUGUUCAGUUUGCUUCCUAGAGUAAACAUAAAAUGUUUUCUGUUGCAAAACGUUUUUCAACAAUGUUUUGGAAUGGAAUUUAACUAAUAAUACACCCCAGGGUUACACUUCAGGGUUCCAAUCCCACCUGUCAUAAAUAAACUGCGAUGUAUUUGUUAGUCGUAUUCUGUGUGGAAACGGUACUCAAACUGAUGUUUUUUUAACAAAUGCAUGUUUCUAUUAUACAAAUUAAGGUAGGUCCCUCCACGUUCUGUUUGCGCUGUUUGGUUCCUAGAGUAAACGGUUUCUGUUGCUAAACAUUUUGCAUCAGACAAUGUUGUGCAACAGAAUCUGACUAAUGAAUGCACCACGGGCAAGAAUUUAAUUGAACUGUGUACACUACUCUGUAUCCUGUGAAUAUGACAAAUCAACUUUGUCAUUUUGAGCACCAGCAGCCCCAUCACCACAUCCAGCACAGCAGACCGUUCUUCUACAUCCACCCCUCCCAGCCAUACCCCUCCCAGCCAUACCCCUCCCAGCCAUACCCCUCUGCUCUACCCUAUCAGUGGCCCAUGCCCAUGCCCUACAACCCUUACUGCGGCUUCCCUGGGAUGGGUAAGUACAUGGCGGUAUUGACCUCCAGAAAAGCCUUUGUUGCAUCCUAAAUAGCACAAUAUUACACUAAUGGUACACAUACCUGUACAUAGUACACUACUUUUGACCAGGGUCCAUAUGGGCCUUGUCUUUACACUUCUAAACGGAUGUUAAGUGCCAUAUAGGGCAGGUGUUGAAUGUUGUCACUUAAAGUAAAGAUCUACACCAAGUUUGAAUUUAAAUCGCUUCUGUUUGUCAGGAGGUUAUGGUAUGAUGAUACCGAGUCCCUUCCAGCCCAGUCCCUACAUGGAGCCUCCGGGUUACAUCCUUCCCCACUCUCAGCUCCACCUGGCGGACUACAGGCGUAUGAUCAACCCGCACUACCACACCACCCACUACCCUCAGACCAUGGCCUACCACGCACGCAGGUUGUUUGGAAUAUUU